AUGGAGAUCUCCCCGUUCUUUUGCCUAACAAUAGGACUCGUCCUAGUUUUUCCUGCUCCUUCCUCCUUGGCCGACCCGGAUUUGUUGCAGGACUUCUGCGUCGGAGACGUGAACGCCUCCAUAACUAUUAAUGGCUUCCCCUGCAAACCUGCCUCAGAAGUAACCCCAGAUGACUUCUUCUUUGAUGGCCUGAGCAGAGAAGGCAAUACGAGCAAUCAAUUCGGUACAGGCGUGACCCUUGGAAACGUCCUUAGCUUUCCCGGGUUGAACACGCUGGGGAUUUCGAUGAACCGCGUCGAUUUCGCUCCCGGCGGGCUUAAUCCGCCCCACUCGCACCCUCGCGCAACCGAGUCUGGGAUCAUCAUCGAGGGGAGGCUUCUCGUUGGAUUCGUGACUACCGGUAACGUGUUCUACUCCAAGGUCCUCACUGCAGGUCAGAUGUUUGUGGUUCCAAAAGGGUUAGUGCACUUCCAGAAAAAUGUUGGGGAAGGGAAGGCCCUUAUCUUCACAGCCUUCAACAGUCAGUUGCCCGGGGCGGUGAUUCUUUCUACGACACUAUUUGGCGCGACCCCCGCGAUUCCAAAUGAUGUCUUGACAAAGGCUUUUCAAGUUGAAGAAGAUGUGAUCAACGAGAUGAAAGCCAAGUUCGGCCCUUGAAAGCAAACUCAAAAUUGCAGAUUGUGCAGAUGAAUAGGAGCUCCGGCAAACACCCACAGAUCAAUCCGUCCGUCUCACUUGGCCAUUUAUAUCGUCAUUUUGUUUAUCAAUAGCAUGUGGAAGCUGUAUAGAUUUGGAUGAAAGAAAGCAAUUCUGGUGAAAUGUUAAGACAAAUAAGUCGUAGAAUUUUGCUUCCUCGUAUUAUGUUUGAGAAGCCGCAAAUAAAUAGUGUACAGGUAUCUGAUCUGGUUACAUAGUACAGAUGGAAAUCAGAUGCAUUUCCUGCUAACAUUAGGUAUUACAUAAUUGAGAAUGGACAGACAAUUCUUCGCUUUGUGGA